AAGCUUUUCAACUCAUCUUAUAUAUUUGGUAGAGAAUUUUGUUCUUUGCGCUGCUUGUGUCCUACGUACUUGAACCGCAACCACUGAGCAAGCGCUUCCCCUUUAGUUGUCUACUGCAUACCCAGCCUGCCCUUGCUGCCCAUCCGGCACACAACAUAAUGACACACCAUCUCUCCGACAUUCUCGGAAUCUACCCAGAAAGCCAGCCCUGCGUUGGCUGGGCGCCCUCACAGGGCCGUCACUGCCGCAACCCCACAAACGCCAGAAACCGCCGACAUGCAGUUUCCCUUCUGGACCAAGGGACCCGCUUGCUCAAAGCCGGCCGGUCUAUUGAUCAUGUACUGGAGGAGUUGGCUCCUCUCGUCCUCUGCCUACAUUAUCACCAGAACCAAGCUGCUGGCCUAACUAAUACUUGGGUCUCUCGAGUCGAUGAAUACAUCGCUAAACAUUCGUCUCCUUCUAUGAGCUCGCCGAGUAGAUCGAUGCCUCAGCGAUCACCGUCACCAAGGAUACGUGAUGAAACAAGUGUAAUAGAGAAUAGACUUGCGGAACUCGAAAGGAAGAUGCAGGAUGCAAUUCGUAAGGCAGAGCGAGCGGAGCGGGAGAAAGAGCGGGCGAAGAGAGACGCAGAGCGCACUAGACGAGACACUGAAGACAUGGUCAGAAGAAGUGCGGCUAUGGGGUAUGCCCGAGGACAGGAGGAAGCGAGAAGAAGAGCCUCUCCUUCUCCUACUGUCGAGACUGAAUCUACUACGGUGGAACACAAUGAGGCAUACGGGUUCCAGAGGGACUCGGUGUCGAGUGGCUUGCUGUCUUCACGCAGGCAGGAUGCCCGUGGAGGAAGUGUUGAGACGACCUUGCAGGUCAACACUUCUACCAGCACGAACGUGCAACUACGCAGAAGCACGAUCGUUAGCACAACCAGGGUCCAGAGGAUAAGCGAUGGCCCAGCUACUCCUGCUCAAGCUGAACGACGUGCUGCUACCCCGAGCUCUGUGUCCAGGGUAGGUGAGAUCGGUGAUACUAGCGAUGUGCUAGCUACUCCAUCCCCUGACCAGCAAAGCAACGGCAAUGCAAGCUCCAGUCCCAGCACUACGAGCACUAGAAGAGCAAUUAGCCUUCCUAGCGCAGAAACCGAUUCUGCCAAUACCACAACUACACCCAACAGUGAAGAGCGUCCUUCAUCCACCAACACCCAAGAAUCUGAAUCCAACCCUUUCACAGAAACCUCAGAAACCACCACCCCAAGCCAUCAACUCCCCAGUCUUCCUACCUUAAACAACGAAGAAUCUCGCUCUACUCCCACGGACACCCCAGAAUCCACAACCACCCCAGAACCCACCACCCAGCCUACCCCUACCUCCACUCCACCCACAAUCUCAGAAUGCGGCAUCACCCGCCACCCCAUCGAAGGCGACUGCUGCAUAUGCCUCUGCGCUCUACAAAAGGAGUCUACCGAACACAACCAUACCUCUGAUGACGACACCUCUCUCGUCUGGUGCCAGAAGCAAUGCGGAAACAACUUCCACCGCGAGUGUAUGGAUCGGUGGAUAGCUUCGGCGUUGGAGGGUGAUCGGCAGACGAGUUGUCCGAUGUGUCGGGGGAAGUGGUAGUGGUCUUUCUUUUCCCUUGAGUCGUGAUUUUGUGGUUUGGUUGUUUGUUGGGUGGUAGGGUCGGAAUUUGGGAUAUAUUCCUGUUGGUUAUUGCAUGAGUUAUGAUUUAUGAUGUUAUGAGUUGAUUUGAUGUGAUGUGAUGUGAUAUCAUUGGUUAUAUUUGUUUGUUUGAUUGUUGGUGUUUUUGGGUAAUACCUUAAUGGCUACUAGCUCGUUGAUACUAUCUAUUAUAAUAUUCAGG